AUUCUAAUGCUCCUGAAGUGAGUGCGAGUGUAUCUAGGUCUUCUUCUUCUUGUCUCUCUCUCUCUCUCUCUCGCGUUGUUCGCAAUUUUCUUCUCCACCGCCAGCACCAUGGCGGAGGAAGAGAAGUCGAUCCAGGAAGAGUUGUCGCUGCCAAUACUGUUGGCUGACAGAGUGAUCAAGUCUGCCCAAGAGGCCGAGUCCUCCAAGCUGGAAUGCGCCGAACUAGCCAAGCAGGCCGACCGUCUCUACCAGAAGCUCCGCUCCGCCGUCCGCCUCACCACCACCACCACCGCCUUCUAUGACCGCCCUCUCCGCCGCAUCUCCUCCGACGUCUCCAAAAACCUCGAGCGAGCCCUAGCCCUAGUCCGCAAGUGCAAGCACAGUCGCGUCCUCUGCCAUGUCUUCGCCAUCAGUACCGGUGCCGAUUUCCGCAAGGUCUCCGGCCUCCUCGAGUCAUCCAUCGCCGACCUCACGUGGCUCCUCUCCAUCUUCGACUUCGAAGGCGGCACCAACCUCUCGCUCCCCCCCAUCGCCAGCAACGAUCCUAACUUCGCCAUGGUCUGGUCCUCCAUCGCCGCCGUCCAGAUGGGCCACCUCCGCGACCGCCUCGAGGCCGCCAACAACCUCGCCUCCCUCGCCGGCGACAGUGAUCGCAACAAAAACAUGAUUGUCCAAGAAGGUGGGGUUAUGCCCUUGCUGAAGCUGCUGAAAGAGGGGGCCUCGGUGGAGGCCCAAAUUGCGGCCGCCACUGCGCUUCUCAACUUAUCCAACGACAAGGAAAAGGUCCGGUCAAUUGCGGCGGAGCUCGCCGUGCCGACAAUUGUGAAGGUUCUGGGUGACUCACCGGCCAAGGUUCAGGUUGUGGUGGCGAAUUUGGUGUCCAUUAUGGCGGAGACGGAACCCACUGUGCAGGAUGAAUUUGGGAGAGAGAAUGUGAUCAGACCGUUAGUGACAUUGUUGGGCAUGGAUGUCGUUUUGGAUGAUCCUAAGCUUCAAUCAGGUAAGCCUAGUCUACAUUCGCUAGUUCAGAUAAACAAGGAGUUAGCUAGAGACCCUUCGUUGAACCAUGUUCACCAUUCCAACAGUUCAUCAUCUUUGCAUUCUGAUGGUAAUAGUAGGGGAGGGCACCAUAGGAAGGAUAGGGAGUUUGAGUCGCCUGAGUUGAGGCUUGAAUUGAAGAUUAGCUGUGCUAAAGCCUUGUGGAAACUCUGUAGGGGAAGUUUGCUAAAUAGCAGGAAGAUCACUGAGACGAAAGGGUUGAUUUGUUUGGCUAAGCUUAUUGAGAAGGAAAGAGGGGAAUUGCAGAGUAAUUGUUUGAUGGCCGUAAUGGAAAUAACUGCUGUUGCAGAGUCCAAUGCUGAUCUUAGACGAGUGUCUUUCAAGCCCAACUCUUCAGCUGCUAAGGCAGUGUUGGAGCAGCUUCUGAGAGUGGUAAGUGAAGAAAUCAGUCCGGAAUUGUUAAUUCCCGCUAUGAGAUCUAUUGGGUUUUUGGCGCGAACAUUUCCUGCAAAGGAAACUCGGAUCGUUAAUCCUCUAGUCACCCAACUUGGCCACAGGAAUGCAGAUGUGGCCUCUGAAGCGGCUAUUGCCCUGGCUAAAUUUGUGUCUCCAGACAAUUUCAAUUGUGUGGAGCACUCAAAGGCAAUUGUUGAAUUUGACGGUGUUCCGCAACUAAUGAAUCUUCUCAAGACCAAUAGUCGAGAUCAAGUGAAUGGACUUAAAUUGUUGUGCUACCUUGCCUUGAAUGUUGGUAACAGCAAGGCCCUUGAGCAAGCAAGGGCACUCAAUGUAAUUGAGGGGACAGCCCGUUCUGUGGGGGCUCAGCAUCCGGAUUCGAGAGAAUUAUUUGCCAGGGCUGUGCACCACCUCACUCUCUAUCAGGCUGGAGCUCAUAGACAGGCUUAUGGACCAUAAUUGCAAUUACAUUAGCAGGCUGAAUAGUUCAUUCAGAUGGAUGUGUCUUAGGAUCCUUAUGUUCAUGGGUGCAAAAUAAUACAUUUUUCAUGCAUGGAAGUCUAUGGCACAUGGAACAGAGAUGCUUUGCUUGUAACCAAUCCAUCAUUCAAGUGAAUGUGGAUAUAGUUGAUGGCUGGAAAAUAUGUUGCUCUGUUCUCUUUGAUAUAAAGAACUACCAAAUUGUUGUUUCUUGUAUAUUUUAUGCAUCUUUAUGAUGUGUAUCCUCUCUCUC